AUGAAGGCCCUCUUCGCCCUUUACACAAGCACCCUCCUCACCAUCGUCUCCGGGCACGGCUACCUCACCAUCCCAUCCAGCCGCACACGCCUCGGCUUCGAGCUAACCCCCCAGGCCGGACUCGACACCUGCCCCGAAUGCUCGAUCCUGGAACCCGUCUCCGCCUGGCCCGACCUAACCGCCGCGCAAGUCAGCCGCAGCGGACCAUGCGGGUACAACGCGCGCGUGAGCAUCGACUACAACCAGCCCUCCCCCUCGGGCCUCUGGGGCACCGAGCCCGUGGCCACAUACACCGCGGGCUCGGUGAUCGAAGUGCAAUGGUGCGUCGACGCAAACGGCGACCACGGCGGGAUGUUCACGUAUGGGAUCUGUACCGACCAGGCCCUGAUUGACCUGUUCUUGACGCCGGGGUAUAUCCCCACCGAGUCCGAGAAACAGGCGGCCGAGGACUGCUUUCUGGAAGGCGAGCUGAGCUGUCUUGACGUUGGGGGCCAGGAAUGCGCGUAUAAUCCUGACUGUGCGCCCGGGGAGCCGUGCUACCGGAACGACUGGUUCACGUGCAAGAAGUUCCAGACGGAGGAUGGGAGUGUGCGCGGGUGUCAGGGGGUUGAUGGGGCGGGGCUGGGGUCGUGCGAGACGACGAUUGCGGGCGGGUAUACGGUGACGAAGAGGGUUCGGAUCCCGGAGUAUGUCUCUGAGCAUACGUUGCUGCGGUUCCGGUGGAACUCGUUUCAGACGGCGCAGGUUUAUCUGGGGUGUGCGGAUAUUAGGAUUGUUGGAGAUGGGAGUGAGGGUGGGAGUACGACGACAAGCUCAGCUACGACGUCUACUUCUACUUCUACUACGACGUCGGCGACGUCCACCUGCACUGCGACAGCUUCCGCAAUUGCAGUGACCUUUGACGCCAAGGUGACGACCUCGUACGGCGAGAACGUGUAUAUCGUUGGCUCAAGCGUGCAGCUUGGCUCGUGGGAUACGGAUUCUGCGGUGGCUCUCUCGGCCAGCAAGUACACGUCUACGAAUCCGCUCUGGACCGUGACGCUUCAGAUUCCCGUGGGGACGACGUUCGAGUACAAGUACAUCAAGAAGGAGUCUGAUGGCAGUGUUAUCUGGGAGAGUGAUCCGAACAGGAGCUAUACUGUUUCGACUGGCUGUGCGGGCGCAACUGCUACCCAAAGCGAUGUUUGGCGGUAG